UGCGGACGGAGCCCAGCAGCAGCAUGGACGGGGCUGGGGCGCGUGUGUGGGCGGACACCUUCGCCCGGCUGAUGGCCGAGAGGAAGCCCAGGGACGUCUGGGUUCUGCACCCUGAGGAGAGCCUGGUCGCCGGGGACCUGGAGGGCGGUGGUUUCCAGUACCAGCUGAAGGGGCUUUCGAGGCUCCAGUGCAGCCGCUGCCCUUGGACCUGGCGCUCUGCCCACCUGCAGGUCCUCUUCCACCUGUGGUGGAAUGGGGGCAGCGGCCGGGGGCUGGUGAGGAUGCGUGUCUGGGGCCAGCAGUGCCGGCUGUGCCCCCUGGACACCGGGGCAGAGUGCCAGGUGAGCCCUACUGACGUCCACAGCUUCCUCAGCAAGCUGGUGCUGCACAUCCUGUGGAGAUGCUACGGGGACCGCGGCCACCCAGGGCAGCACGCAGAGGUUCUCCUCGGGGACUGCGAGGCCUGCGCCCUGGGGCUCUGUUUCCUGCAGCAGGUGCCCCACCCUGCCAGGGGGCCUAUGGUCAAGAGCGCCGAUGCCAAGAAGGGCAGGCCCGCUGUGCAGGGCAGUGGCUCUGCCACAGUGGCCAGCGGCCAGCAGCUGUUCAACCCCAUCAAUGGCCCCACACCUGCCACCAUCCCCCUUCUGGUCAUUGACUUCAGUGAGAACCUGUCCCCCGAGAGUGACGGCUUCCUGGGUGGCGGUGAGGGCACCAUAACCAUCCCUUUCUCUCUUGCUGGUGGCCGCCAGAAGGGCUCCCUUCCAGCACCCAUUAUUGGCCAGGGCUCCCUCUGCCUAUCUGGGAGCUCUGUGGCCGAGUCUGAGCACAAAGGCAUCCCGUUGGAUAUCAGGGCCCCCAUCUUCCACCGCCGAGGCCUGCCGGGCAGCAUGCAGAAGGCCUUCGCACUCAGGGGCUUCCUCUUUAAGGGCCAGGGCUUCUUCCUCAGCCCCAGUGGUAUGGCUGAGGGCAAGGGCCCGGUGUCCUUCAGCUAUGGCCAUGUCACUGCUGGGGGAGACCCACCCCUGGUAGCCUACAUCAUUGGCCUCAUGGCUAAUGGGGAGGGCUCCCUCACCUUCCCCUCAUUCUUAGCCAGCAUCAUCAGAGGUCAGGACAUGGUCUCUGACAUCGCCCAGGGCAAAGGGCAGGAAGGCGGUGGGCAGAGCACUGUCACCGAGGGGGAGAACCCCCCUCCAGAGACCCACACUCAGGACCCCACUGCCAGGGGGGAGGGCUCCGUCACCUUCCCCUUCCUUGUUACUGGAGAUGCCAGGCAUGGAGACUCUCUCAUCAACAUUGCUGAGGCUGAAGAGAAGGGAGGGAGCCAGGAUCCGGCUACUGCUGGCCAUGUCCCACCUCUGGAGAGUGGAGCAGCCAGCCCCGUGGCCAUCAGCCAGGGCUCCAUCACCAUACCCUUCUCAGUCUUCGGUAUCAUAAAUCACAAGGGUCCCAGCUACCCGGCCGGCCCGGCCCAAAGCAAUGGCUUGAUCACCUACAGCUAUUACCAGAAGCGACGGCUGAGGUCCAGGCCUGGCAAGUCCAGCUGCACCCACCGGGAGGAAGAUUUCUGCUCCCGCAGGGCCCAUCGAAGGCGGCGCACGGAGCCGUCCGAGGACUUCUGGAUCUGCGUGUCCAUGACCAUCUGCAUCUUGUGGCUUCUGUGCAUGUACAGGCUGAAUCUUGGGGGCCUCUAGUGGUCAGCCGGCGGCUCGCUCUGGCGGCCAUGUGGCUACCCUCCUCUGAGACCACACAGCUGCCAGCCAGGCCUCCCGGUCCGUCCUCUUUCUGACUCCAUUGCUGGUUAGUGGGUUCACGUUGUGAGUGAUCUGAGAUGUGCUCAUUUGCGCCAGGAGUUUAUCGUGUGUGUCUGUGUCAAACUCCAAUAAAGCAAAACG